AUGGCGUCUGGGAAUGCGCGCUACGUGCGCUACGUGCUCUUCGCAUUCUUUACUGUUUUAAUCUUCUAUUUCGUCACCAAUACCAAGUACGAGGGCGUCGACAUCAGCAAAGGCACAUUUGCCACAGGCUCCAAUCAACAGUCCCACGAUGCAUCCAAAGACACCAAACCUUCAACGCAAAAGGCGCUGACCGGCGAUGCCAAAGAUUUCCCUCUGGCCAUGACACCCAACGAUGCCGGAUUCAACGAUCUCGUCGGCCUUGCCCCCGGUCCUCGAAUGAAUGCCACUUUCGUCACUCUCGCCCGAAACAGCGAUGUCUGGGAGAUUGCUCGCUCCAUCCGCCAGAUUGAGGACCGCUUCAACCGACGAUACAACUACGACUGGGUCUUUUUGAACGACAAUCCCUUUGAUGACACAUUCAAAAAGGUCACCACAUCUCUCGUUUCCGGCAAGACUUUCUAUGGCGAGAUCCCCAAGGAGCACUGGUCGUUCCCCGAAUGGAUUGACCAGGAUAAGGCCAAAAAGGUUCGUGAGGACAUGGCUGAGCGCAAAAUCAUCUACGGCGACUCGAUUCCCUACCGUCACAUGUGCCGCUUCGAGUCUGGCUUCUUCUUCCGCCAGCCACUAAUGAUGAACUACGAAUACUACUGGCGAGUCGAGCCCUCCGUCGAGCUCUACUGCGACAUCCACUACGACCCCUUCCGUCUGAUGGCCGAGCAAGGCAAAAAGUACAGCUUCGUUCUCAGCCUGUACGAGUACCCGGCUACCAUUCCUACCCUGUGGGAGAGCACCAAGAAAUUCAUGAAGAACCACCCCGAGCACAUUGCUGCCGACAACACGAUGAAGUUCCUUAGUGACGACGGUGGUGACACCUACAACAACUGCCAUUUCUGGUCCAAUUUUGAGAUUGGCAGUUUGGAUUGGCUCCGCAGCAAGCAGUACAUUGAUUAUUUCGAGUCUCUGGACAAGGACGGUGGCUUUUUCUACGAGCGCUGGGGAGAUGCGCCCGUCCACUCCAUCGCGGCAGGCCUUAUGCUCAACAAGAGCGAGAUUCACUUCUUCAACGACAUUGCUUAUUGGCAUGUGCCCUUUACACACUGUCCCACCGGAGAGAAGACGAGACUCGACCUGCGCUGCCACUGCGACCCCAAGGAGAACUUUGACUGGAAGGGCUACUCUUGCACUUCCAAGUUCUUCGAGGCGAACGGCAUGUCGAAGCCCGAGGGUUGGGAGAACCAAAAGGAUUAG